AUGGACGAGGAUCAAAAGCUCAUGAUUUUCCUGGACAGCUUAGGCCCAGAGGCUGAUGUUGACUUUGCCAAACAGCUUCUCCAAGCGCACGACUGGGAUUUGCAGGCUGCACUCGAGACGGUGACUGGUGGGACGGUGGGACCGUCCCAACCGCACGAGGAGGUGGACGUCCGAGCUCCGCUCCGAACCGGCUAUGUGGACCGACUCAUCGACACAAGCCACGAGGAAGAGCAAGCUGUCCUGGCUUCUUCGGAAUCUGCAGCAAUUGAAGCUUCCGCAAGGCAAGAUCUGCAGGAUGCACUCUGGGCAAGCGAGCAGGAGUUCCUGCGGCAGGCUGACAUUCAGGAGCAGGCUGCUUUGGCCGCUGCCAUGGAGGCUUCACGUAUCAGCCAACCGGCGGAAGUGGGCAUGCCAGGGCUUCCGCGGUCACCACACGGUGCGGCGACGGGGAAGGCAGUAUCGCUGGGGAAUGAGGUGGCCGCAACUCAUUUGUCCAGCCACAGACGAGCUGCUCGUUCCUAUCCCGAGCAAGGAUCACUCAGAAGCUCACCUGCGAGAGCAUCUCCGGUUGGUGUUCCAGACGGGUGGGUCAACACAGCUGAAUCGCCGUCUGCCUCUUCGGUUGGGAAUGGCGCUGCAAGGUUGUUACCGCAGGAAGUUAGACCCUUUCCAGCAGUUGCUUGUGAUAUUGUGAAGGAACCAGCGGUGAGCCAGACAAGCCAUGUGAAUGCCUUCGCCGAUGAAGCGCGUCCACCCAGGCAGCCUGCUCGGCGUCCCAAUACCGAGAAGACCGUGGAGAAGGAGAAGCCUCGGAAAGCUCCCAAAGUGGAGGACGCAAGUGGACGACCCAAGGCGCAGCCUGCAUCCAAGGUUGGAGUACAACGACCCAUCUUGAGCUCAUCUGGGGCAGAAUCAGCUAGCAGAAAUAUUGCCCACGUUGGAGCUCCGCGGCACACAUUAAGCUCGAGUUCAGUGUCGAGUUCGGCUGCGGGGAUGAGCAAUAGGCCACCCAAGGCAGGAUCUCAGCGGCAUGCAUUCAAGCCCGACUCAGCAUUGGGCGUGUCAGAAAGCAAAGUGCCAAUCAAGGCACCACGGCCGGCGCUCAGCUCGCUUAGCUCGCUCGGCUCCAGCACAACGUCCGGUGUUGCUGCGGUUGGGAGCCCUGCACUACUUUACGGCAACCAGGCUGGAAGUCGGCAAGCAAGCUCUACAGCAACCGCUACGAAGGCUCAACGGCGCUCUCUCGGCGCAGCGCCAGCGCCGACAGCUCUUCCAGCGCCACAGGUUGAAAUGUGUAAGGCUCGAGCUCCCCAAGCAAGCUCUGUGGCAAGAAGCACCACAAGUAGCCAGGCUGAGACUGAGAAGGCGGCAGCUCCUGUGGCUCCACAAGCUCCAGCGGCUCCCCAGGUGCCGGCGCCUAGGCCGCCGCAGCCGAACGCUUCGAAGCGCGGGAAGCAGAAGAGCUUAGACGGGAGCGAGAGGAGGCGGAGUUCAAGCGCAAAGAAGCUGAGGCCAGUGGCGAACGUGAGAGUGAUGCCCUCGUCACAGCCUUGCAGGCUUUGCGAAGACUUCACCUAA